AUGACGGGCUUCCGCACUAACAACAGCAAUUUGUACUACAGCACUUGGGGGCGUCAAAUACCAGGAGCAGCCGCUGCAGAUGCCAAGCUGUCCCAGAGGGACGAGGACAGGAAGUGGCGGACGGUCCAGUCGGUGAUUCUGAGGCUCGCGGGCUCGCUGAGCAGAAUCGGGCAGACCCCCAAGGCCCUCUUCCACAACCUGGACCUGGACGGCAACGGCUUCCUGACCUGGGACGAGCUCGAGCGCGCCGUGAUCGCCCUCGAGCCGACCCUCUCGCAGUCGGAGAAGCAGCUUGUCUUCGCCCAGUUCGACAAGGACGGGAACCAGCUCGUGGACCUCCGGGAGUUCUGCGACACGCUGGCGGGCGUCAACGCCCCCGCAGUGUUGGCCGUGGAGGACAAGGUCAAGACGAUCAUUUGGAAGUUCAAGGAGAGGGGCUACAGCGUGAACAACAUAUUCCAGAUCUUCGAUCGGGAUGGCGACGGCCACCUGUCAUUCCAGGAGUUCCAGACCGCCAUGAACGUGCUCGGGUCCCCCGUCUCGCAGGCGGACCUGCAGUCGGUGUUCCGCCAUUUCGACAGAAAC